GGACACAAGGGCUUUAGGGCAGUUGCUGGCUGUUUCACAAUGGCAUUAUGUUUGCUUUUUGCCUGUGUGUUGACUCUUCAUUCUGUGAAUUCACCACAAUGGCUCCCACCUAGUGCUGACUUGUUUAUGUUUGAAAUGUCAGUGCUUGUGCUUUUAUUAAUUUUCUCAAAUUCUAGCCUGGUGGCUGAUGCUAAUGACAGGAAAUGAUUAAUGAAUGGGACCUUGCUGAGAAUGUGACACAUUCUCAUGCUUGCAUGGAGCUAAUGACAUGCUGCAUUACUGGCUUUCAUACAUUUUCUGCCACUUUUAAUUGUUGUAUCUCUAAAGUUUGGUACUUGGUCUGCAGUUCCAGUUUAUGAAUUUGAGCUCUUUGAUAAAAUGCUCCAGCAAGACAACUGUCAGCAGCUGCUAGUAAGCUAAUUGCUUUUUAGCAAACUAUUUCCUUCACUAUUCAGUUAUUUUUUCAAGUGUGAUAGACUCUUAAAAAAAUCUGUCCUGUCUCUUGUAAAGUUUUUUGAGAACAUUUGGUGGAAGAAUUAAGACUGUAUUACAUGGAAAUGAAGAAAAAGGGGAGACUUCUGCAGGUUGCUCAGAGAGGACAGAUGUGGUGGGGAGUUGAUAUUCCCUGAAGCAUCUUAUGGCAGACCAAACUGUGGUGUCUCCACUCUGGCCUCCCUGAAACUGCUCUGAACAGCUACAGUCAGUGACAAAUUUUGCUUUACUUCAGGCUUGUAAGAUGGGAAAAUUUUUCUAUUUAAGAAUACUGGUAGGUUGUGCUGAAGCUCUGAAAAGGAUUUGAAAUGGCCAUAGUUGCACAUAGGUUGCUGGAACUCUCAAAGAAAAUCUGGAUUGGGGUUUAGGUGUCGUGGCUGGAUCACAAAGUGGUGCUUCCUCCUGCCCAGGGCUUCCCUGUUUGAUGCUGCUUUGUGCCCUUAUCCUGUAGCAACAUUGGAAAAACCUGCCAGCGAGGUUUUGAGCUGGCUUGUUUGGCAAGUGUGGGCCACACCUCCACUUCUCACAGCUGGAGCACAGCCCAGUCCUGCGCAAAACUUCGGAUGAGUCCGCGGCAAACAGCGCUCCGCAGCCGGGCGUCCUGGGCUCGCCUUGCUCUGGGUUUCCCUGUCAGAUUUUCUGCAGAGACAGCAGGACAUUUUCCCCAUGUUCCAUGAGGUGCUUCGGGGCCCAUUUCCACCCAGAGUGCUGCCUUUUCUGGCAGCAGUGCUUUUCCAAAGGAAGGAGAGGAGGGACACUGGCUUCUAUCAGUGGCGGUGGGAAAAGCAUCCUUACUACAACCUGACAGUAAAAGUCCUCAGAGCCAGAAACAUCAAGGGUACAGAUGUGUUGUCCAAGGCAGACUGCUAUGUGGAGCUGAAGCUGCCCACUGCAUCUCCCAGUGUCUCCCGAACUCAGGUUGUUGACAACUCUGAGAACCCAGAAUGGAAUGAGACUUUCCAGUAUCGGAUCCACAGCGCUGUCAAGAACAUUCUGGAGCUGACCCUCUAUGAUAAGGAUGUCCUUGUCAGUGAUGAGCUCACCUCUGUUGUCUUUGACGUGGGGGGUGUGAGGCCGGGGGAGCCCCUGCUGCAAACCUUCAGCCUGGACUCUGAGGCUAAGGAAGAGCUGGAUGUAGAGUUUUUCUUGGAGAAAUGCUCGGAUGCCCCUACAGAAGUGUUGACCAACGGAGUCCUUGUGGUUCAUCCUUGCUUGUGUCUUCAAGGCACUGUCAACAAAGAGGAAAAUGCAAAAGAAAAACAGCAAGGAAGCUGUGAGGUCAAGGUGUCUGUCCCAGGGGCGUAUCAAAAGCAGUUGUCUAUUCCUUGGACACCAGACAAUGAGAAGGAUUGUGGAACCUCAUUUGUCUUUCAUGUGGAUAAAGAAAUGUGUUCAGAAUUGCAAGUGGAGCUGCAGCAAACCAUAUCUGUCCUACAGGAUGGUGUGAACCCUGAUAUUGAAAAGCAUACGACAGUUCUGGGACUGGGGACUGUACCAAUUAAUUCCCUUCCUAUUGGAGAAAAAGUUGAUAGAAUCAUUUCUCUAGGAGAGGGAAAAAGUUUGGAUAUGAGUUUGAAAACUGAAGAGAGCACUUGGGAUCUUGAUAUACGUCUGGGUUUUGAUCUCUGUAAAGAGGAGAGAGAAUUUUUGGACAAAAGGAAGAAAGUAGUUUCUGAGGCACUGAGGAAGACUCUUUGUUUAAAAGAAUCCCCUCCAAAAGAUGAGGUUCCAGUUGUGGCAGUGCUGGGCUCUGGAGGUGGGAUGAGAGCACUGACGUCCUUCUAUGGCAGCCUUGCUGGGCUGCAGCAGCUGGGCCUUCUGGAUGCUGCAGUGUACCUCUGUGGCAUUUCUGGCUCCACCUGGUGUUUAUCAACACUGUAUCGAGACCCUGACUGGUCACAGAAAGACCUUCAAGAUGCAAUCAGAAGAGCUCAGGACACUGUGUCCGGCAGCAAAGCAGGUGCAUUUUCCCCAGAACGACUGAAGUACUAUUUCCAGGAGCUGAAUGCAAUGGAGGUCAUGGGACGGAAGGUUUCCUUUACAGAUUUGUGGGGCCUUAUUGUGGAAUAUUUCCUACAACAAGAGGAAGAUCCAUCAAAGCUGUCUGAUCAGCAAGAAGCAGUGAAAUGGGCCCAGAACCCUUAUCCUAUCUAUGCAGCUGUCAAUGUGAGACCCAAUAUGAGCAGUGGUGACUUUGCAGAAUGGUGUGAGUUCACUCCCUAUGAAGUUGGAUUUCGCAAAUAUGGAGCUUUUGUUCGAACAGAGAAUUUUGACAGCGAGUUCUUCAUGGGACGGCUUGUCCAGAAACAUCCAGAGCCCAGGAUUUGUUUUCUACAAGGAAUGUGGGGCAGUGCCUUUGCUGCAAGCUUGGAUGAUAUCUGCCUGAAGGUGGUUGGUAUAGGACUGAGCUUUCUAGAUUCUUUCAAAGAUGUUAUCAAAGUUGUAGAUGACUGCCAAAGAUUCCAUUUCCGAGACCCAGCACGGCUGAAGACUCGCUUGGUUAUACCUGGGGGCCCCUUGUUACAAAUAUUUCAGGAUUUCUUCAUGUCCCGGGUCACAUGUGGAGAAACCUUCAACUUCAUGAAGGGAUUGUAUCUUCAUAAAGAUUAUGUUAACAUCAAGAAAUUUGUGACUUGGAGAGAUAGUCACCUGGAUGCAUUUCCCAACCAGCUGACGCCCAUGGAAGAGAACUUGUAUUUAGUGGAUGGUGGCUUUUCCAUCAACUCUCCCUUUCCUUUGGUACUUCAGCCAGAGAGGGAUGUGGAUGUUAUCCUGUCAUUCAAUUUUUCCUGGGAAGCUCCAUUUGAGGUUCUAGAGCUGACUCAGAAAUAUUGUGAGGAGCAGGAAAUUCCUUUUCCAAAAAUCAAAUUUACAGAGGAAGAUGAAAAGAAGCCAAAAGAGUGUUACAUGUUUGUGGAUGAUGAUAAUCCAAGGGCUCCAAUUGUACUCCAUUUCCCACUUGUGAAUGACACCUUCCAGAAAUACAAAGCUCCAGGAGUUGAACGUGAGUCAGAAGAAGAAAAAUCCUUUGGUGACUUUAUCAUUGAGUCAAACGAUUCCCCUUACCGGACACUAAACUUCACCUUUGAGCCGUAUGAUUUCAGCAGGUUAGUGGAAGUGAAUCGCUACAAUGUUCUGAACAACAAGGACACUCUCCUCAAAACCCUAAACUUGGCUCUGCAAAGGAGGAAGUUGAAGAAAGUCACCAAUCAGUCAGAUACAUGAGCAGUUUCCAAGGCUGAGGAUACAGAGAGGCUGCAGUGUACAAAAGCUGUGAGGUUCAAGAUAAUAUAGUGAUAGUGAACAGCUAAAAACUCUCUUCCUGGGGAGGGAGUAGUACACCUGACGCUGAAAACUCAUUCCAGGUUAUGUGCUCUGAUGAAAACUCAAGGAAUGUAUAGUACAACAUGGAUGUUGCUUCCUUGUGUGGAUGAGAGUGAGGAAUUACUCAGCUCAGUAUCUCCAAUCACAGUGGCUGAUUCCAGAUGAUUUGAGAGGUCUACACAAACCAUUUGAGCUUCUGGAGAAUAAUCUUCCAGCCUCUACUGAGUGAUGCACCUCUUUUUUGUCAAAGGUGUGUUGGUGUUUGAGGGAACAGUUUCCUUCUGUACUUUUAUCUCUUGCUUAUGAACCUCCCUUAAUGAACUUUUACAAGUUACAUCAUCCAAAGAAGAGCUCCACAGAUGAAAAUGACACACUGAGAGAAGAAAUGGCUCCUUUUUCUUUCACCUUGCUAUGGCUGAUGCCCAUGUGCUUUCAAGACUGAACAGUCAUUACCUGCUUCCCAUUUUGCCAUUCAGGGUUUCAAUUUCCUUCCUGUCCUUCUCAAGGAUUUUAAUGGCUUUUAGUCUCCCAGAAAUUCUAUGCAGAGUAUCUUAUUUUGGUAAAAAAAUUGUUUGGUA